AGCCCCCGGCCGCUCCCCGACACGGCGCGGCCCACGCGGCCGGCGACUCCCCGGGGGAAGACCGGCUGGGGAGGAGGACGAGAGGAGGCCGUGCGGAGGCCAGGCGGCGAGCGCGGAGGCCCUGAGGUCUGGGCUUCGGCACCGCACCCACAUGGCCUCCGGAGUGGGCGCGGCCUUCGAGGAGCUGCCACACGACGGCACGUGUGACGAGUGCGAGCCGGACGAGGCUCCCGGGGCCCAGGAAGUGUGCCGGGAAUGCGGCUUCUGCUACUGCCGCCGCCACGCGGAGGCACACCGGCAGAAGUUCCCCGGGCACCACCUGGCCCAGUACGUGCAUGGCUCCGCCCAGGCCUGGACCUCGGGCGCCCAGGGGGACAGCGAAGGGAAGGAAGACGUGGAGGCGAAGGGGGACAACGACAGAGAUGUAGAGGUCGAGAUGGGGGAGGAAAGCGAGUCCGAGGAAGACAGUGAGUCCGAGGAAGAGAGCGAGACGGAGGAAGAGAGUGAGGAUGAGAGCGAAGAAGACAGUGAGGAAGACAGUGAGGAAGAGAUGGAGGACGAGCAAGAGAGUGAGGCGGAGGAAGACAACCAUGAAGAUGGAGAAUCUGAGGCCGAGGGAGAAACGGAGGCAGAAAGCGAAUUUGACCCAGAAAUAGAAAUGGAAGCGGAGAGAGUGGCCAAGAGGAAAUGUCCGGACCAUGGGCUCGAUUUGAGCACCUAUUGCCAGAAAGAUAAGCAGCUCGUCUGUGUCCUGUGUCCGGUCGUUGGGGCUCACCAGAGCCACCAACUCUCCACUCUCGACGAAGCCUUUGAAGAACUAAGAAGCAAAGACUCAGGUGGAUUAAAGGCGGCUAUGAUAGAGCUGGUGGAAAGGUUAAAGUUCAAGAGCUCAGACCCUAAAGUAACCCGGGACCAGAUGAAGGUGUUCAUACAGCAGGAAUUUAAGAAAGUUCAGGAAGUGAUUGCUUAUGAGGAGCAGAAGGCCCUUCACCUAGUGGACAUCCAGGAGGCAAUGGCCACAGCCCAUGUGACUGAGAUCCUGGCCGACAUCCAGUCCCACAUGGACAGGUUGAUGACUCAGAUGGCCCAAGCUAAGGAACAACUUGAUACCUCUAAUGAAUCAGCUGAGCCAAAGGCAGAGGGCGACGAGGAAGGACCCAGUGGUGCCGGCGAAGAAGAGGACACCUGAAGGCUUGCCAUCCCCAGUGGAAAAUCCUUCCUUCCCCGUGUGUAUGUGACAGAGUGUAUGUAACGGCUUCUGAUUUCUGUGAAAGCUGCCCAGCAACCAAGGUCCUUCCACCGGAAUCGUCCCCAGCUCCACAGCAGGCACAUGUGUCUCCAAGGGACGACCAGUUUUAUGCUUACUGACUGUGCUUCUCAUUCUCCCACCGUGGUAGGUCAAGGAAGAAUGCCCCUUUGAUCACCCAGCCAGGAGCAAUUAAGAAGGGUCCUUCGGGUAAUCCCUCAGUGGCUGCUUUGAACUCACUCAGGAAAGUCAGCCCCUGUAACGUUGUACCCUCAAACAGUACCUCCUCAUUAAGAAGGAUCUGGAAUAAUCUUGAAGGGCAGUCAGAAUUUUUUUUCCUACUCGCUAAUAAAACCCACUUCAUUCAUAUUGAAGCAUGAAACAACUGACGGCAAAGUGGGGCCGCACCCAGUAGAUAGUCUCCAAAGUCCAGUUAUGCAUGUGUGAAAACGUGUUUCAUGAAAUAAGGUGGAUGGCUUGAAAACACGGUUGGAGAAAGAGUUCAUAUUGAGAAAUAUAGAGAUAUUUUUAGUACAUGAGGUUAUCAGGACUUCAGAUUCAUAAUUCAGUGCUGUGGAAAUGGAAAAAAAAAAUGAUUGAAGAGGUAGCAAGGAAAUGACCUUAAAAGAGAGGACCAAAGACAUCUGAUUAAAAGUUGAAAUCAGUAUUUCUGAACUCAAAUUGCCUGAGUCUCCAAAAGAGUCUCUAAAGGAUCUGAUGGAACCUGAAUUAUUUGGGUGAAUUCUGCAGGUUUUGUGGAUCUUGUCCCGUGAAAGGCUGGAGGGUAUCUUACCAAAUGGGAAUUCUGUGUAGGUUUUCGCCCCCCGCCCCCAGCCUCGCCUACUUUGGCUUAAAUGCAAAGUGGGGAGAAUUGUCGUCCCUCUGUCGUGUGCUGAAUCAAGCUCCAAGCUCCGUGUAGUCCAGCUGGAACCCCUCUCCCCUUGGUACUCCCCACUAACAAACCUUCAGCUCAUCUGCCCGCCCUGCCCUCCCCUCUUCAGUCACGUGAGCGCAGAUCCCUAGUGGUUGGACUUCUGGCCGUGCCCCGCCCCCAGGUCACGUUCCCUGACAACCAAGUUGUUCGAGCUGAGAGGAGCAGUGAUGUCUUAGAGAAUCCAACACUGCAAGCUCAGUAACACUUAACACACGGUUCGGCGUCAGGGCAUGACCUUAUUUUUAGAUAAAACAAACACUGUUACAUUAUGAAAUAGGACGUCAUGCGCAUAAAGUGAGUGAAGAUGAAACGGGAGACUUCGCAGGCCAUUGGUACUUGCAG